CCCCCUAGCCUGACCAAGCUCUCUUUUCCUCUUCUCCUUCUGCUGGAAUGGCAGCUUUUUCUUCGUUCAAUUUUGUUUUUCUACAGUCACGACAUUGUUUUGUCAGUACAAAACGACCAUCCACUCGAAAAUAUAUUAACAAAAACACCCUUCUCUUUAAACCCCGUGUAGUAGAAUUAGAUAUCUGCUAAUUGCUUCUCUUUUUUACACUUUUUAUUCCAAGACUUGCAAAACACACACGUAAAACCCCUAGCCUUGGAUCUCUCCGCUCUCUAACCCAACCCCCCUCGCAAAAACACUACCAUCUCCCGCACUGUAAUCCUCGGUGUUCCGCCUCCUGCGAUCUAAAACCGAAUAAAUUCCUGAAAUUCACAGUCAACUGGUGACUUCACCUGCCUUCUCUGGCUCAACCAACUCGCCUCUCCUUACUUUUCACGUGGUAAUGUUAAAUUAAUUGCUGAUUCUGCCUCGGAGAGGAGUUGAGUUCGGGGCAGGAUUGCAGGGUAUAGAGGUGGGGCGGUGCAGGUUACUGUGUCUGUCUGAUGCUGUGAUGGAGAGGAUCCUAACGUGGAGGCUUUUCAUUGGUUGUACUGUAUUAGGUUCGCGUGUAAUUGUUAUGAUGUUGUUGGCAUCGCCGUGUAAUUAAUUACCAACUAGCAAUUAGUUGUGUAAAUUGCUUAUAUGACUUUAAUUAAUUCCCGUUUUUCAACGUUCUGUAGCUAAAAACCAGAUUAGGGUUUCGCACGUUUUUGUCAUCGUUUUUUCAAGUGUAGUUACGAAAACGCCCCUUCUGUUACUGGAAACGGCAUCGUGUUGAGAGGGAUGCUCUCUAACUUGCGCCAAAAAAGUUAGAGGAGGGAAAUUGAAGCGAGAGGGUAAGGAGUAAGCAGCAUCCGUGUGUCUCCGCUUCCUCGUUGCGGCUGCUCUGUAGCUCUAUUAAACACUACAGAGAUUGUGGGUAUACAGAACAUUAUGGAGAUAGAUGCAGAGGUCAAAGAUAGCUCCCUCAUUCUGAUCAAACAGGGAGCUGAAGCGAGGGUUUUUGAGUCAAGCUUUGUUGGGAGGAGGUCUAUUGUUAAGGAACGUUUCUCGAAGAAGUAUAGGCAUCCAACUUUGGAUUCUAAACUUACUAUCAAGCGUUUAAAUGCGGAAGCCAGGUGUAUGACGAAGGCGAGACGACUAGGGGUGUCUACUCCUGUGUUGUAUGCUGUGGAUCCUCUUCUGCACGCUCUAACAUUUGAGUAUGUUGAGGGUCCUUCUGUGAAAGAUAUCUUUCUUGAAUUUGGGUUAAAUGGCGUUGUGGAAGAACGAUUGGAUGACAUCGCAAUGCAAAUUGGUGAUUCAAUUGGAAAACUACAUGAUGGUGGUCUUAUUCAUGGUGACUUGACAACAUCAAAUAUGCUAAUUCGGACUGGUACCAAUCAAUUGGUACUGAUUGAUUUUGGCUUGAGCUUCACUUCAACCCUUCCUGAAGAUAAAGCUGUUGAUUUAUAUGUACUGGAACGAGCCUUACUUUCAAUGCAUUCUUCAUGUGGGAAUGUGAUGGAUCGCAUACUGGCCGGGUACAGGAAGUCCUCAAAACAGUGGUCAUCAACAUUGAACAAGCUAGCUCAAGUUCGACAGAGAGGUCGGAAGCGCACCAUGAUUGGAUAAACUUUUCCACUAUUUGUUCCGCAUUAGGUACGAGGAUGAGGUGCCCGUCGAAGUAAUCAACAUUAUGACAAUUUAUAUUCGCUUCUGUAUUCUUAUGCAUGUGCGUUUACCUACAAGUUGUGAUUUAUGAAACAAGUUUUCAUGUUCGGCCAGGGGUUCAAUAGGUUUCUAUUCAUGACAAUCUACCGCUAAAAUAGUUGAUGAAUCCAAAUCAAAUGAUCUUGAGUUGGUCAUUUACAUGACAAAUGCGAUAUAUCAUAUCAUGUACGAGAUUGUUUAAA